AUGGACCACGAUGCAUAUGCCGUGCUAGGUGUGGAGCCUACCGACAGUGCGAGUGUGAUUCGUGCCGCCUAUCUGCGCCUCGCGCGGCAGUACCAUCCAGAUAAGGCAGGUGCAUCGUACGAGGCGGAGCGUAUGCAGCACAUUGUGCGUGCGUACGAAACGCUGUAUGAUCCGGCAUCGCGCGCCGCGUACGACCAACGCAGACGACAAGGGCGUGCCGAGAUCCGAGUGGCAGAAACGGUGUUAGUGGACGACAUGGACAUGGAUGAAGAUACGAUGCAGUUUGUAUACCCCUGCCGCUGUGGUCAGAUGUAUGCGGUGGCGGCCGACGCCAUCGUCCAAGGCACACGAUACGUGGCGUGUGCAGGAUGCUCCGAAACGAUCCACAUCAUGCUGGAUGACGAGGCGUGA